UACAGUUGAGUUUUCACCGACAUUUCACCAAACCAGGCUCAGUUCACCAUGACCAAAUUUAUCACCCACCAACCCCAUCAACCUCCAUUGAAGGUCUUACCUGCCUAUGACACACCUGAACAGGACAAUGCCUCAAGAUAUCAUCGCUAAAGAGCAUGCUCCGUGCGCUGGCACAAUGGAAUGAAUAGUGCCAUUCAUUCAGAUGGGCUCAAUGUUCGUCCCAUCUCGAGGUUUCGUAUUGUGCAAGUCCCACUCAGUUAUCCAGAUAGUGCUCCUAUUGACAAAGAAGCCAACAAUAGAUAUCUCAUCGAUAAGAUGAAUUUAUAAUAUGGCUCCAAUCUCAACGCUCCCAGCUGGCUGGCUUCCUUUUUCGUGAAGAGUUUUCAGUUCAAAUACUCACGCUUCCUUUGGCAACGACUGGGUCGUUGGCCUUCCUUACUCAUCAAGAUCUCCUUGAUACCCUCUUUCUCUCGCGUUCAGCAAUGCCAAUGAGACAGUCAAGCAAUCAUGGACCCCAUAUACCCUACCAAUGUUGAGCCAGCAAAGCCAGAUUACUACUUUGAGCUCGGAUUCCCAACCUUUGACGACGAACACACCUACAUCGAGAGAAGGGAUAUCAAGGCCGCUUGGCUCAAGCUGGUCAAGCAGCAUCACCCUGACAAGAGGGGGCCAGGCAACGACGGCGAUACGGCCGAGUUCCGCAGGGUUCAAGAAGCUUAUGACUACCUUCGCGAUGAGGACAAACGCACACGUUACGACGAAGAAUACCCUCGUAUUAGAGUCGAGUGGCUCCGCUACCGGAAGCUGGCUUCCGAAGAAGAGGAUGCUGUAAGACGAGAAAUUGAGGCUUCUGAAAGGGAAAUCACCACACGGGAAAAAGCACGAAGAGAAGCGGAAAGACUCGAAAAGAUUCGAAAUGAGUGGAAUAGAUUUGAAGCCAAGAGACAAUGGGAGUUUGUUGCUGAAUGGAUCCGCCUCCAAGCAGAGAGACAGGCCGAGGAAGCUUCAAGGAGGGCCAAGGAGCAAGAAGAACAAGAGGCCAAAGACAAGCUUAGAGGGCAAAAGCAAGAGCGACGGGACAUGGAAUGGGAGGAGCGGAGGCUUAGGGCAGUUCGGCAUAUUAAGGAACUCGAGGCAGUUCUGCAAGCUGAGCGAGGCGAAAGAUACGAACGGGCUAGACGAGAAGGAAACCGCCAAAGGGAAGAAUGGGAGCGGAGACGAUGGCAAAGAUGGGCGGAAGAAAGCGAAGGAUGGUUCACCAACACCAGGAAAGCUUCAGGGGGCAGAGGACGAUUUGUGGAGGGAGGCAUUUUCGACCCAAGAGCCGGUUCAAAGUGCUCAGAACUCAGAGAGCGAAAGCACUCAAAAAUAUUCUGAAAGUGAAGUUCAAAGUGUGACAACAGAAGAGGCACCGUUUUCCUGCCGCCAUGCUCUCACAGGCUGGGCCGUGAGGUUUGGACGAGCUGAGUGCUUCCUUUGUGGAAGGGUGAAGGGGUGGAUGAGUUGUACUCGACAGUGCCCUGCCUGUAAAGGCAGAGCGUGCCGCAAGUGCAAGAAGCACUACGUGGAAAGUAUUCUGAGGAGGAGACAUAGGAGGUAUCAGAGGGAGAGAUGUUACUAGUAGCCGCAGGAACAAGACGUUGCAUUUUCGAACAUAAG